AAUCUCCUUACCUUCGACCGCACCUUGCUAGGUUUUCACAUUUCGUAAGCUUUCAUUCACUCCUCCUUCGACAUCUGAGCCACCCGAAACAAGUUUUGUCCGAAUCAACUCUUCGAUCUUUAAUUCAGAUUUAUCCAUGGAAUCGUGAAGUCAAUAAAGGUUUUUCCCUCUCGAAAAAUCCGCUAAGCAAGCAAUUUCUCGUAUUUGAUUCGUUUUCACCGGACCGGAGAUGGCGACUUUGAACCCGUUCGAUCUCUUAGGAGUUGACGCUGAGGAUCCAAGCCAGAUUGCCGUGGCUUUGCCGAAGAAGGUCGAGAAAGCAGCUCCUGUGUUGCCUGCUAAGGCCGCUAAGUUGCAAUCCAAGCAGGCUCCUCCUUCUCAAGCUGUGAGGGAGUCGAGGAAUGCUCCUUCAGGAGGUCGUGGUGGUGCUGGCGGUCGUGGGCCGCCUCGUGGUUCAUUUAACCCGGGAGGAAACAGACCUUAUGAUCCGAAGGAUGGACCAAAAGAUGGUGGGUUCCGUGGAUACCGCGAAAGUGGUGGUCGUGGAGGUCACGUUGCUGGAUUUGCCGAUGGUAAGACAGGUGAUGUGGAACAACGCCCAAAGAGGGUCUAUGACCGCCAUAGCAGAACAGGUCGUAGUAAUGACGUGAAACGUGAGGGUGGUGGUCGUGGAAACUGGGGUACCCCUGAAGAUGACAUCCCACCUCCAACUGAGGAACCCACAGCAGAGGUUGAGAAGAGCCCUGUUGCUGAGAAUGAAGGUGGUGAGGAUGACACCACUGAUGCAAAGAAAGACUCUCCUGCGGCUGAGCAAGAGGAGAAAGAACCUGAAGACAAGGAAAUGACACUGGAAGAAUAUGAGAAAAUUCUGGAGGAGAAGAAGAAAGCUCUGCAGGCCACAAAGGUUGAGGAGAGGAAAGUUGACACCAAAGUGUUUGAGUCUAUGCAACAGCUCUCUAACAAGAAGACCAAUAAUGAGGAAAUCUUCAUUAAGCUGGGAUCCGACAAGGACAAACGCAAAGAUGCUGCUGAGAAAGAAGAGAAGACCAAGAAGUCGUUGAGCAUUAACGAGUUUUUGAAGCCGGCUGAUGGGGAGAGAUACAAUCCAAGAGGUGGAUACCGUGGAAGAGGAGGUCGCAGUGGUCGUGGACAGAGAGAUGGAGAAGGUCGUGAUGGUCGUGGACAGAGAGAUGGAGGAAACCAAAGGCAUGGAGGAGCUCCUGCUCCGGCAAUUGGAGACAGUGCUCAGUUCCCAUCGUUGGGCAAGUAAAGACCCCUGUUGGUCCUUGAGCCUCUAUCAAUCUCUACGCUUUCGUUAGUUUUAUUUUUGUUCUUAGUUCUAUCAUUUUUGUUGCACUUUCUCUACAAAUCAAGUUUGGAGGCUUUUAAAUUAUGAUGGAAAAAAACAAUAUCUGAUCUUAUUAGUUUUAGACUCC